AGCCAAGCCAUCAUGGCUGACAGCAUCCCGCUGAACCCAGUGCGGAAGAACUCCAAAAUAAUCGCUUAUUAUAAUACUGGAAGACAUUCAAGGUACUCCCAAGAAGAUGAGCUGGCCAGUUUGGACGAGAUGCCCUUGAUGAUGUCGGAGGAAGGCUUUGAGAACGAGGAGAGCGACUACCAGACGCUGCCCCGGACCAGGGUGAAGCAGGCCCGGGGCGGACUGGGGUGGUUCCUACUGGGGGGCUGGAAGAUGCUCUGUGGAAGGUGCUGGGACUGCUUGACACUCGUCUGUCGGAGGAAGAAAGAGGCGAAGGCCAGGACGGUGUGGCUUGGCUGCCCGGAGAAGUGUGAAGAGAAAUACCCCAGGAACGCCAUCAAGAACCAGAAGUACAACUUCUUCACAUUCGUGCCUGGGGUUCUUUAUCAACAGUUCAAGUUCUUCCUGAAUCUGUACUUCUUGGUUGUGGCCUGUUCGCAGUUCGUCCCCUCGCUAAAGAUCGGCUACUUGUACACCUACUGGGGCCCCCUGGGCUUUGUGAUGGCCGUUACCAUGGUGAGGGAGGCUGUGGACGAGGUGCGUCGGUACCAGCAAAGCAAGGAGAUGAACUCUCAGCUCUACAGCAAGCUCACCGUCCGAGGCAAAGUGCAAGUGAAGAGUUCUGACAUACAAGUAGGAGACCUCAUCAUUGUUGAGAAGAAUCAGAGGAUGCCUGCAGAUAUGAUCUUCCUUCGAACGUCGGAGAAGAACGGGUCAUGCUUCCUCAGGACGGAUCAGCUGGACGGAGAGACAGACUGGAAGCUGAAGGUGGCUGUCUUGUGUACGCAACGACUUCCUGCUCUGGAGGACCUCUUGUCCAUCAAUGCGUAUGUCUACGCCCAGAAGCCUCAGCUGGACAUCCACAGCUUUGACGGAAACUUCACCAGAGUAAGUGGCUUGCUGACAGUGGGCCUGCUGGACCUGGAGCUGAACCGGCUCACCAAGGCCCUGUUCCUGGCCCAGGUGCUGCUGGCCGUGGUGAUGAUCGCCCUGCAGGGCUUCGUGGGACCCUGGUUCAGGAACCUGUUCAGGUUCAUCGUGCUGUUCUCCUACAUCAUCCCCAUCAGUUUGCGAGUGAAUCUGGAUAUGGGCAAGUCUGCGUACGGCUGGAUGAUCAUGAAGGAUGAGCACAUCCCAGGGACUGUGGUGAGGACCAGCACCAUCCCUGAGGAGCUGGGACGCCUGGUCUACCUGCUUACCGACAAGACAGGCACUCUGACCCAGAACGAGAUGGUCUUCAAGCGUCUGCACCUGGGUACGGUGUCGUACGGGACAGACACCAUGGACGAGAUCCAGACUCACCUGGUCCGAACAUACGCACAGCAGGCAGCCCCCUCCCAGGCCCCUGGGCAGCCCAGCAGCGGUGCCCCCAGCACGGGCACGGCCUCGGCCUCCACCCCGUCCCAGAAGCCGGCGCCGGCGGGGCCCAAGGUGCGUAAGAGCGUGAGCAGUCGCAUCCUCGAGGCGGUGAAGGCUGUGGCGCUCUGCCACAACGUCACUCCUGUGUAUGAACCCAGCGACGACACCACCGCCGAGACGGAGACUGCAGAGGCCGACCAGGACUUCAGCGACGACAACCGCACCUACCAGGCCUCGAGUCCAGACGAGGUGGCGCUGGUGCGCUGGACGGAGAGUGUUGGGCUGACCCUGGUGACCAGAGACCUGUCCUCCAUGCAGCUGAGGAGCCCAGCUGGACAGACCCUCUCCUUCCUCAUUCUGCAGGUGUUCCCCUUCACCUCAGAGAGCAAGAGGAUGGGCAUCAUCCUCCGGGAGGAGUCCACCGGUGACAUCACCUUUUACAUGAAGGGAGCCGACGUUGCCAUGACGAGCAUCGUACAGUACAACGACUGGCUGGAGGAGGAGUGUGGGAACAUGGCGAGGGAAGGCCUCAGGACCCUGGUGGUGGCCAAGAAGGUCCUGUCUGAGGAGCAGUACCAGGACUUUGAAAGCCGGUACAGCCAGGCCAGGCUGAGCCUCCAUGACCGGGCCCUGAAGGUGGGGGCGGUGGUGGAGAGUCUGGAGAGGGAGAUGGAGCUCCUGUGUGUGACGGGCGUGGAGGACCAGCUGCAGGCGGACGUCAGGCCCACCCUGGAGCUGCUGAGGAACGCUGGCAUCAAGAUCUGGAUGCUCACUGGGGACAAGCUGGAGACAGCCACCUGCAUCGCCAAGAGCUCCCAUCUAGUGUCCCGCAGCCAGGAUGUUCACAUCUUUAAACCGGUCUCCAACCGAGGGGAGGCCCACCUGGAGCUGAACUCCUUCAGGAGGAAACAUGACUGUGCUCUGGUCAUCUCUGGAGACUCCCUGGAGGUGUGUCUACGCUACUAUGAGCAUGAGUUUGUGGAGCUGGCGUGCCAGUGUCCUGCAGUGGUCUGCUGUCGCUGCUCCCCCACUCAGAAAGCCCACAUCGUCAAGCUGCUCCAGCAGCACACUGACAACAGGACCUGCGCUAUAGGUGAUGGAGGAAAUGAUGUCAGUAUGAUCCAGGCUGCAGACUGUGGGAUUGGUAUUGAGGGGAAGGAGGGGAAGCAGGCUUCCCUGGCAGCUGACUUCUCUAUCACCCAGUUCAAGCACAUCGGCCGUCUGCUCAUGGUGCACGGCAGGAACAGCUACAAGCGCUCAGCCUCCCUGGGCCAGUUCGUCAUGCACCGGGGCAUGGUCAUCUCCACCAUGCAGGCUGUCUUCUCCUCGAUCUUCUACUUUGCGUCCGUUCCUUUGUACCAGGGCUUUCUCAUGGUUGGCUAUGCCACCAUCUACACCAUGUUCCCAGUGUUCUCCCUGGUGCUGGACCAGGACGUGAAGCCAGAGAUGGCUCUCCUCUACCCAGAGCUCUACAAAGACCUCACCAAGGGCCGGUCCUUGUCCUUCAAGACGUUCCUCAUCUGGGUGUUGAUCAGUGUUUAUCAAGGUGGCAUCCUGAUGUAUGGCGCCCUGUUGCUGUUUGAGUCAGAGUUUGUUCACGUGGUAGCCAUCUCCUUCACGGCGCUGGUGCUGACGGAGCUGCUGAUGGUGGCGCUGACCGUCAGGACCUGGCACUGGGUCAUGGUGCUGGCUGAGCUCUUCAGCCUGCUCUGCUACGCCGCCUCCCUCGCCUUCCUCAAUGAGUACUUCGGUGUGGGCACGGUCUCCUGUGGAGCCUUCCUGGACCUGCCCUUCAUCAUAACUCCAGCCUUCCUGUGGAAGGUGUCAGCCAUAACUGGGGUCAGCUGCCUCCCUCUCUACAUCAUCAAAUACCUGAAGAGGAAGUUCUCACCUCCCAGCUACUCCAAGCUGUCUUCAUGAGCCGGGGCUCCAAUCUGCUCUCUGUAUUUAUCUUUCGCGACUCUGCUGCCCUCCUCUUCAGCGUGUUUAUUUUGCUGGUGCAUGAUAGGAACCCGAAUACCGAGGACCACUGGAAGAUAAGAAAAAUCACUGAAUUGUUGAUGUAACUGGAGGAUGGGAGUACUUGAAAAGACUGAUUUCCAAAACACAGACUCAACACAGACGUUGUGAGGAAGAGGAGGCCCGGUCGACCAUCUCGUCCCUCUUUAAGACUUCUUCUCUCCAUCGGCUUCGAGUGUCGUUUUUUUAUACUGUCAUUUGGUUUUCCCUGUGAACUUUUUCUAUGUGGACUCUUUACGCAAUUUUCAAUACUGCCUAGUGUUUCAUAACACUGUGAAACAUUUCUUUGAUACGUGUAGCUUUUACUACUGAACAAAAUGCUGCUCUUUACUGUACUUGCUAUGAGGGGGAAAAAAAGCACAUUUACCAAAAUACACAAAAUGACUAAAUGAUUUGUUGGGGAACAACCUCACUGCUGCAGGCUGUCUAGAAGCAGAGUGGCAUGUCAUCACACCCUCCUAAACCCCUCGUGGUGGGAAACCAGCACUCCUUCCUUGUGUUAUUAGCUGUGAUGUGUGUAUGCUGGCUGAAGACAGUGGAGAGAAUCAGCUUGCUGCAUGGCUGCUGGGUACUGGCAGGUGAAAUCAGACCUUAUUAUGAGGAUUUUAAACAGGCUCUUGAGACGUCUAAUGUCAGUUCAAAUAUUUUUGUUUUUUUUAUGAGUGUGACCUCCUUUUCCAGUAGAUUGAUCAUGAGACUGACCCUGCUGUAGUUAACGAUUCACCAGAUGAUGUUUACAGAUUAGUGUUCUAUCAUUAGGUUCUUUGUCUCAAAGAAAUAAUUGCAAUUAGGAUUUGUGAUUCCUGAAAAUCAGUUGUGAUUUUAUUUAGCUGCUCAGAUUAUGGCCAAUAUAACAGUAUCUUUAAAGACCUUUACAGUAAGAUUCAGGACUUUAGAUGAGGGUUGAGUGUGAUUUUGGUGAACUGACAGUGAAAUCAGGUGUUAUCAUAUCCUGGAUGAGUGAGUGUCUCUUCAGGUGGAGACCGAGGCUAUAAAUGGUCUGGCAGAACAAAAUAAAAUAUAUGUUUCAACCA